UUGGGAUUUGAUUGAAUACACCCUGUCGGCUCCGUGCAAUAUCCUACUCCGUUGGUUCAUUUUGGGCUUUGCUGGCUUUCAAGGGUUCCGGCAGCUCUCUCCGACAGAGGGGGAAACCGUAAUCCUGAGACGGAACCGAACGAGAAUCCGUAGGAGGACGAUGGAGCUCCCUUACUCUCUCCGGGGCUGCGUUAAUUUCUUGCUCUUCUCGAUUGUCUGAGCGGGAAUCCUUGGUUUUGCUUUGUAAGCUACUGAAACGAUGCCGUCUUCUCAGAGUGAGCUUGAGGAGCAGUUGGUGGAAGCUGGGAAGAAGCUUCUUCAACCUCCGUCUUCAGCUGAUGAGCUCCUCCAUUUGCUUGAGCAAGUUGAGUCUUUCCUGUUAAAAGUGAAGCAAGCGCCAGCCAAGUCCAUGCGUGAUGCACUUUCUCCGCUAAUGAAGGCACUGAUUGUGGAUAAAUUUAUGAGGCAUCCUGAUACUGAUGUGAAGGUUGCAGUUGCUUUUUGCUUAAGUGAGAUUACCAGGAUUAGCGCACCAGAUGCUCCAUAUGAUGAUGAGAAGAUGAAGGAGGUCUUCCAAUUAAUAGUCUCAAUUUUUGAGAAUUUAUAUGAUGAUUCGAGCAAAUCAUUCAAUAAGAGGGCCUUUAUUCUUGAAACUGUUGCAAAGGUUAGGUCAUGUGUUGUCAUGUUGGAUCUGGAAUGCGAUGGACUUAUCAUUGAGAUGUUUCAGCACUUCUUUAAGACCAUUAGAGAUUCUCAUCCAGAUAAUGUCUUCUCAUCCAUGGCAACAAUAAUGAGUCUUAUAAUAGAAGAAAGCGAAGAUGUAUCUGUGGAGUUGCUUACCCAGCUAUUGGCUAGUGUGAAAAAGGACAGCAAGGAUAUUAUGCCAAUUGGUAAAAGGUUGGGGGAGAAAGUGUUUGCAGACUGUGCAUUGAAACUAAAGCCUUACCUGACACAAGCUGUAAAAUCUUUGGAUCUCUCUUUGCAUGAAUACAGUAAAGUUGUUACCUCAAUACUGGAAGGAACUACUAUAGUUGUUGAGCAUAGUAAUGAUCAUACUUUGAAAAACCAAUUGACUGUUGAGAGUAAAGCAGCUACUGCAUCUUCAGAUGAGGCAAGCCAGAGGCCUGAGGACACCCAACAAGAUGUAUGUUCUGAAGACGUCGGCCAUGCUGUGAAUACAUCUCCCAAAUCAAUUACAAGCAAUGGUUCUCGUACCAUGAAUGGUGGGACUUCUGUGCAAAUAAAAUCUGUAAAAGAGACGGAGCAUCAUGAUCCCGAUAAUCAACCAGCUACUGCAAAGUCAGAGACUAAUGACCCACAUGCUGGGGAAUCAGUAAAAUCCAAAUCCAUGUCAGAACAUACUGAUAACAAAGAAGGAAAAAUGUCUAACUCAUGUACACAACUGACAGAAUAUCCCGACCAUGCUCCUGUUGAUAAUGAGAAAGAUAGUCAGAUGUUUCCAGAUGGUAAAAAAGGCUGUGGCAUACCUAGUGUCGAUACACCUAAGAAACUUCCAGCAGAACAAAAGGGUAAAAGAAAUGAUAUUGACAAUUUGUCAGCUGGAGGGCCAGGUCUUGAAGAAAAAAAUUUAGAGGAAAAAGAGAUAAGUGCUCAUCUUUCUCCGGAAAAAAAAUCCAAGGGUGAAGUUGUCAAUGUUGAUUGUAAAUCCCCUAGUCAGAGCCUUCCUGAUGGGAGACAUGGCAAGACUGUUGAUCAGCUAAAGAAAAAAGAGCACUUGCUUCAAGAAGUGAAUGUAUCUUCUGACAUUGCAUUUAAGGUCUCUGAAGGAACAAGUGAUUCUGAAGCAAAGACACCAAGUGCCUGUGAUAGAAAGGUACAUUCGGAGCAAUGUGGCUCCAUGAGUGAUUUAGAGACAAAGAACCUGAAGCAGCAAGGGAACAAUAGUGAUGCUAGUAAUAACCAGAAGGAUGGUCUCUCAUUGAAGAAGGAAAGUGCCAAAGAAUCUGGAUACGGAAAGACUAGUCUAGAAAAGGAAAGGACUAAAUCUGCAGCUAAAGAUGAUAUGUUUUCUCAGAAGUGUGAUGAUGUCAAGGAAGAAGAAACCACUAAGAUGAUUGUGAAGAGACCUAAAUCUGGUGCUAAAGAUAUGUUAUCUUCAAGAAAAUCUCCUAAAAUGUCUACUAAAGAUGAUGGAAAGGAAAAGGAAACCACUAGGACUACUGUGCAGAGAAAACAUUAUUGCAAGGAAAAAGCUGCAGAUAUAAAAUAUAAUGAGAGCCUGGUUGGUUCCAAGGUCAGAGUUUAUUGGCCAAAAGAUUUUGCAUUUUAUGAAGGUGUAAUUCAUUCCUUUGAUCGUGUCACAAUGAAACACAAGGUUGUGUACCUUGACGGGGAUGAAGAAGUACUUAGGCUUAAGAAGGAAACACUGGAAUUUAUCAGUGAUGAUAUCAGGCUGAAGAAAAAAGCCAAAACAAGUUCAGGAACAUCAUCUAAGAAUGAAAAAUCAGAUAUUACACCAAAGAGUGGCGGCAAGUCAGUUUGUGCAACUUCAAAAUCUGCUUGUAAGUCCAGCAGUGAAGUUAAAGUUGAGACCAAGUCCAAAGAUCACACCUUUAAAUCAAGUGGUAACUCCAAGGAUUUGAGUGGCAGUAAAUCUAAGGAUGCUAUUUGCAACUUGCUCAAAUCCAAGACAAAGCAGGAUAUCUCACCGAAGACUACUGGCGAAUCCAAGCAAGACAGUGCCAAGACUCCCCUCAAAUCAGAAGGUAAAAGCACCCAAAGUGGUAUAAAGCCUAGUGGCAAUGCUACUGCCAAAACAAAAUCCAGUGUGUCAAGGGUGAAAGAAACAGGGGAUGAAAAGGAAACCUCAAAUGAGACUGAAAAAACAACAGAUGCUAUGAAGAGAAAAGCUUCAGAUGCAUCAAAGGAGCAAGAAACUGAAACAAAGAGUGGAAAGAAGCAUAGAAAAAAGUAAUGCUGAUGAUUGUUGUACACUUAUACAUUGUAAUCUGCAAUCAGAACUCUUCAACCUGUUGGUAUCUAGUCUUUUAACAGAAACUGAACCACACUCUUUGACUCCAUGGUAGUUGCCUUCAUUCUACAUUUCUACCUGCUUUUUUUUUUCCUUAGAUUUUUAGUGUUGCUUUUAUUUCAUAUUUUCACUAA